CUGGACCACCCCUCAUGUCUGGCCCUGGACCCCUCAUGUCUGGCCCUAGAACCCUCAUGUCUGGCCCUGGACCUCCCCUAUCACCCCUCAUGUCUGGCCCUGGACCCCUCAUGUCUAGCCCUGGACCUCUCCUCUCACCCCUUGUGUCUGGCCCCCUGAUGUUUGGCCCUGGAUCUCUCAUGUCUGGCCCUGGAUCUCUCAUGUCUGGCCCUAGAACCCUCAUGUCUGGCCCUAGAACCCUCAUGUCUGGCCCUGGACCUCUCCUAUCACCCCUUGUGUCUGGCCCUGGAUCUCUCAUGUCUGGCCCUGGAUCUCUCAUGUCUGGCCCUAGAACCCUCAUGUCUGACCCUAGAACCCUCAUGUCUGGCCCUGGACCUCUCAUGUCUGGCCCUGGACCUCUCAUGUCUGGCCCUGGACCUCUCAUGUCUGGCCCUGGACCCCUCAUAUCUGGCCCUAUCCCAUCACCCCUCAUGUCUGGCCCUGGCCUUCUCCCAUCAACCCUCAUGUCUGGCCCUGGAUCUCUCCCAUCACCCCUCAUGUCCGGCCUUGGACCUCUCCCAUCACCCCUCAUGUCUGGCCCGGACCCUCUCCCAUCACCCCUCAUAUCAGGCCCUGGCCCUCUCCCAUCACCCCUCAUGUCUGGCACUGGACCUCUCCCAUCACCCCUCAUGUCUGGCCCUGGACCUCUCCCAUCACCCCUCAUGUCUGGCCUUGGACCUCUCCUUUCACCCCUCAGGUCUGUCCCUGGCCCUCUCCUAUCACCCCUUGUGUCUGGCACUAGACCUGGCCCUCUGAUGUUUGGCCCUGAAUCUCUCAUGUCUUGCCCUCUCCUAUCACCCCUCAUGUCUGGCCCUGGCCUUCUAUCACCCCUCGUGUCUGGCCCUGGUCCCAUCAUAUCUGGACCUCUGAUUUCUGGCCCUCUCCUAUCAUCCCUCAUGUCUGGCCCUGGUCCUCUCCUAUCACCUCUCAUGUCUGGCCCUGGUCCUCUCCUAUCACCCCUCAUGUCAGGCCCUGGUCCCAUCAUAUCUGGACCUCUGAUGUCUGACCCUGGGUUUCUCCUUUCCUCCCCAAUAUCAGGAUCUCUCCUCUCUAAACUGCUGGACCGCUCCCCCUUGUUGUUUGGAGAGGCCAUGUGGGGAGGACCUUGUGAGGGUAUCUGGGUUUCUAUCAGAAUUUCUGAUGGGCUCUGUAUACUGUGCUCCCUUGGUGUUACCAGCGAGGCAUGAGCAGGUCUUACCACUCCCUGUCGACCAUCGAAACGGAACCGUGGUUGCCCCCCUGGGAAGUGCCCUGGAUAUGAGCCUCUGGGCUGGUUGAACCUCGAGGGACGAGGACCCCUGGGGCGGAAACCAGGACGAUGUA